CCUCAAUUCUAAUUCAUGCGCAGGCUGCAAAGAUAUGGCCCCAGGGCUGGUAUACAGUUGCACCAUUUGCAACUACUUCCUUCACCAGAAGUGUUCAGAAAUGCCUCAGCAAAUCACUCACCCUUUCGACAAAGACCAUGUUUUCGAUCUCCUCCCAAGACCCUGUUAUGCUGAAGGCUUCUUUAACUGUGAUGCGUGCGGGAAGCAAGGCCAAGGCUUCUGCUACCAUUGCAAAAUAUGCUUUACAGAUCUUCAUAUACUUUGCGCAGCACUGCCAAUGAAUAUCAAUCAUCAAUCCCAUCAUCACCAGCUCAAGCUCAUUUUCUCUCCACACUAUCCCGAGAAAACCUUUUCUUGCGAUAUAUGCUACGAUGCAGGGUCCUGCCAUUGGCUUUAUAAUUGUGACAUGUGUGAGUUCGAUGCUCACUUGGACUGUGCAACAAAUGUUACAGUAAAUAUCCAUCGAAAUAUGCACCCAAGACAGACAACAUCCGAUCUUGAUCGGAUGCAGAAGCUCUCUAUUGGCUCAACAUCUACUCCUCAGCAAUUUCGACCAAAUCUUCACUCAGGCUUCUCUUCUUAUCGGUACAUGCAAAUGGUAGGUGCACCAGUUUGUGCACCAUUUUGGCAAAGGCCGAAUAACGAUAAUUUGAUAGUUAAAUUUUCCACUGAACAUGGCCCUACUCAGCAAAUUAUAUCGGAUAUCACAAGUGGUGGAGGUGAAGCUAUUAGCGCGGAUGUUUUCGGAGGACCGCAGGACUUGUUUCAAGGAUUAUCAGUAAGUAAUGGCGGACAGAAUACUUCUCCGCCUUCUGCAGGCUGUGGGGACGGGAGCGGGCAACAUAAUUUGCAAAAUUUAAUGGGUGCAUCUGGCACCGGCAAUAUCUACGGUCUUGAUAUUUUUGGAAGUUUGUCAAUGCUUGAUGGGGUAAAUAUGAGAGGAUUACUAGGAGGGUUACUAGGUGUAAUUGCCAGGAGGAUUACUAGAAGAAUUACUAGGAGGAUCACCAGGAGGAUUACUAGGAGAAUUACUAGGAGAAGAACUAGAAGGUCUCACCAAAAUCAAGCCCCAAAUUUAGACUGGAGAAAGAUCAAUAGGCAAAGAAGGAUCAUGAGCUCCCAAGUUGAAUCCUCCAUCAACCAUUUUAGCCAUCCACACCCUUUGCAGCUUUCCAAUCAUCAAAACUCCCUGACCUCAGUUUCAUGUUCAGGAUGCAAGCUGAAAGCAACUGGAUUGAUUUACAGUUGCUCAACUUGCAACUACUUCCUCCAUGUCAAAUGUUCAAAAAUGCCUCAGCAAAUAACUCACCCUUUUGAUAAAAACCAUGUUUUGUCUCUUCUCCCAAAGCCACUUUACCAGGAGGGCUUCUUCAACUGUGACGCAUGUGGGAAGCAAGGCGAUGGCUUCUGCUACCACUGCAAGAUAUGCAAUAUUGAUCUUCAUAUCCUUUGCUCGGCAAAGCCAUUGAGCUUUACUCACCAGUCUCAUAAUCACCAGCUCAAGCUGAUUUUCUCACCACCCCAUCCUAGCAAAAUCUUUAACUGUGAUAUAUGCAACACUUUGGGGUCCAACCAUUGGCUUUAUAGGUGUGAUUUUUGUGAUUUUGAUGUUCAUUUGAACUGUACAAAUAAUGUUCCAUCAGUUGCACCAGCAAUGCAAACAAAUUUUUUUAAUCAAAGUCAGACAACAUUCACGGCUGCAGCAAAUCAAACUCCCAUCCCACAGGUUCAUCAUCAUUUUCAACACCCUGGAACAGCUUCAAGAUCUGCUCCUGAGGUUCCUCCUCAGGCUCCUCCGAGCUAUCAAGCCUAUAAUCCACACUUUGUCGCGCCAGCUGCAGCAGCAGGCAUUCCUGUUCCGAACUUUAAUCCUGCCAUGACCCCUGGAAAUCAGGGAAUUCAUUCAGCGGGUAUGCCUUCCGUGCACUGGCAGAAUAAUGAGCAUUUGCAGGCGCUCCAAAGGCUUCAAGCUUUAUUUGCCAAUUUCUCUCAAAACAGCUUUAACCAGCACCACCACACUCAAGCCCUCAUGGCAGGUGGAGGACUAGGUGGCGGAAUUGGAGGCUUUGGCAGUGGAGCUGGAGGACUUGGAGGUGGAGCUGGACGAAUUGGUGGAGGUGGAGGCCUUGGAGGAAUGCAAAACUUGAUUCAAUCAUUAUCAGGAGUUGGUAAUGGUGUAGGAGGUAGUAUCCCAGGCCUGGAUCUCUUUGGGAAUGGUGGAGGUGGAGGGCUGGAUAUUUUGCAAGGUUUAUUGGGUGGCGAUGGAGGAGGUUUAUCAAUGCUUAAUGGUUUGGAUUUGGGAGGAUUACUAGGAGGAUUUCUUUGAAACAAAUUCAUGGUUCCUGCAGUAUGAAUCUCUUUUUUUUUUUUUAAUUUCAAUAAACAAAUUAUGUGAAUCCUUUGCUUAAUUGUGUAACUAACCCUGGUUAUACUAUAACUGUUUUCCUCUGAUUGAAGGAGCUUCCUUGGAAAACAACCAU